AUGCGUACCACGUAUGUACGUACGCAUUGUACCGUACGCCCCAGGAAGGUCAUAGGUCAAACGGGGAGCUAUCUGGAACGUGCAAAUGAUCGGAUAUGGGAGGAACCGUUAAACGUUUUUGCGAAUUCGGAUUUCCCCGAAAAAGAUUCCAAAGACGACAUCAUACGAGUUUACAUCACCAAUCUUCCUCGAGAAUCAAAGGCCCUGUUAAGAGCUGCGGGAAUAGAUUCCCCAGAGAUAUCGGAGAGAUCGGAUAGCACCUUCAACUACGCAUCAUUCUUGCAGAGAAUUGAAUUGCAAGGUCUUUACGAAGUUAUAACGAGUUGGAUCAUAGGGUCAAAAUGCUAUGUUUCUAGGAGAUACAGUGAAACUCAAGAGAGGAGACUGCUGCUAUUUCGAGAACUAUGCAAGUUGUUUGUCUCACAGAGUCCGAAUCUCAAAUUUAGCAUAAUACUAGAUGUAAUUAAGCGGGAUGAAUUUUUUCACUUUCAGCAAUUAUCUGAUAUCAUUCCAUCAAAUUCCAUUUUGGAGAAACUAGUCGGCCAUACCGGGCACGUGAGAGAAAUAUAUGGAUCAAUAGGCAAAACAUUUUCUGAGAUCAAGAACAUGAACAUAUCUUGCGAUGUUUACGACAACAUGGGACUAGCUUCGCUGAUAGAUCAAAUGCGCGAGAACACUUGGUCAUUGAUAAUCUCUGGAACUCCGGGAUUGUCCAUCACCGAAUCCCUUAAAAGAAAAACACAUCUUUUGACCUCCCUAGAAAUUACCAGUGAUGAACCGUUUCCAGAGAUCUUUGUGAAAUGUCAGCUCCUGAAAACUUUAAUAAUCCAUGAAGCCCACGAAUCUCGAGUCUACCCAUCCAUACUAGAAGCAUUCGCCAAUACCUCCUUCAUUCAACUGACGGAAUUUUGUUUUUACUCGGAGCAUCCCGUGAAAACUUCAUUCAUCUCCAACAUAAUUAGAAACACACGUAAAACAAUCAAAAGCUUACGUAUUAUCACCUUGUACAAAGAGGUCUUAUUUACGGAUCCUGAGAAUUUUCCUCUACUAUUAUCUUUCAUCCCUUCAGAUUGUCCGCACCUAAGAGAGCUUCAUAUUCCCUUUACCAAAACAACACUUGACCUGAUGUAUAACAUAUUCCGUGUUUGCAAUAUGCUAAAAAUCGUGAUUCUGGAUUGGUACGAUGAUCCGAUCGAACCGCAAUCAGAAUUUUUUAAUUGGGCGGAGAAUUUGGGAAAGUCCAUCCCCUUGUCAUUGAUAUCGCUUCGUGUCAAGGGAUGCAUGGGAUUUAAUGUCGAGGCUACCGAUAGACUCCUCGAUCUGUGUUUCAGGAGAAAGAUUAAAUCCUUGAAGUUAACAAUAGAUGACUGGACAUUUUCGGAAUAUUUUGGGGAAUUGAUCGAGGUUAUUGAUAAAUAUAUACUCCAAGGAACAUUACACGCGAACUCCAGGCUUACUUUGAGACGAGGAUUCAAUGUCAUGUGA